AUGGGAGUGAGGAAUCAGACACGAGUGGUGGAAUUUGUCUUCCUGGGUUUCUCCGGCAUUCCGAACAGCCACAUCUACCUCUUCCUGCCAUUCCUAGCCAUUUACUUGGUCACCGUGCUGGGCAACCUCAUGAUAUUUUCUCUGAUUCAACUGGAUUCCAGCCUUCAUACGCCCAUGUAUUAUUUCCUCAGCCAUCUCUCUUUCGUAGAUAUUUGUCUCUCCUCUGUCACAGUCCCCAAGAUCCUGGUGAACUUCUUGCGCCAGCGACAGACCAUCUCCUACAACCAGUGCAUGGCCCAGAUGUUCUUCCUGAUCUCUUUCACGGGGACAGAGGCUGCGUUGCUGGCCGUCAUGGCCUACGAUCGCUAUGCCGCCAUCUGCAAACCUUUGCAUUACUCCAGCCUCAUGAACACCAAGGUGUGCGCCGUUUUAGCCUUUGCCACCUGGGUCUGGGGCGCCCUACACUCUGCUCUCCACACAGCUCUCAGCUCCAGGUUAUACUUCUGUGGAGCCAACCAGAUUCACCACAUCUACUGUGAUCUGCCCCCGCUGAUGAAAAUUGCUUGCAAUGAUGCACACGUCAAUGAAGUUGCAUCCCACGUAGCAAGCCUGUUUGUGGGUGGGGGACCCUUCUUCACCAUCAUCCUCUCCUACGUCUUCAUCCUGUCCUCCAUCUUGAAGAUCCGUUCCACCACUGGCAAGCGCAAAGCCUUUUCCACCUGUGCGUCUCACAUCAUUGUCGUCAUACUUUAUUUUGGAAAUGGCUCACUUAACUAUAACCGUCCAAGUGCUGGUUAUUCCUUAGAGACUGACACCCUAGUCUCCACCAUGUACUGCAUCAUCACCCCAGUGCUCAACCCCCUCAUCUACAGCCUCCGGAACAAGGACGUGAAAGGGGCCUUCAGGAAGGUUCUAGAAAGCCAGGGAAAGUUGAAACAUCACCACACUAUAAAUUAG